AAUAAUUUAUUCAAAAGUUUAUUACAUUAAUUUACCACACUGUUCUGAACACUUCGAUCAGAAAUCCCAAUCAUCCUUAUCUGAAACUUGACCUUCAUCGCGAAGAACAUCUAGCAGAAUCACAUGACGGUAGGCGGUGGCAGCGGCGGCGGUAGUGGUGCCGGCGGAGUAACCUCCGGCAAAAAACGACAACGUGCUGGUAGCAAUAGUCGGAUUUCCUCAACCAUCGGAAUCAUCGACUCUUCUCGUCCUGAUAAUACCCUAACGGAACGCUCUCAGAAGAUGUCAGGUAUUCGCCGAACAGCUUCUCUUAGCAUUAUUGCACCGUCGUCCUCCGCUGCAGCUAGCGGCGGAUUUAACGAUUCAGCCACGGCUGACGUCGUGCUUCGUCUCUUUGUCGAUCAAUUGCCGCUGUUCGAUACCGACGACUCCGAAUCCAUUUCAGCCGUCGAUUCUGACCAAUCCGAUGUCCAGAUCUAUCUCCACUCCGAUGUUCUCCGCCGUUCUAAGUACUUCGCUGCUCUCUUAUCCGACCGCUGGCAAAAGGAAUCAAACGACGUCGAUUCCGGGAACUCUUCUAGGAUGUUCCGACUCAAUCUGGGCGUUCCCGCUACUCCUGGAUCAAUCGAUCACCAUUUGGCUGUUCUUCAGCUUCUAUAUACCAGUGACUUCUCGACAACUAUCGACAAUGUUUCUGUAGCGUUGUGUUUACUUCCGGUGGCUUUGGAACUAAUAUUUGAGGAUUGCAUUAAGGCUUGUGUUCGGUUCCUUGAGGCCGUACCAUGGACUGAAGAUGAAGAAAGGAAAAUACUCUGUAUAGUUCCGUUGCUAGGCAAGGAGGAAUCUCAAGAGCUUCUCGCUAGGGUUUCGAUUGACAAAAUUGAUUCGUCCGAACAAAUGCUUCAUGGAUUGAUAUUUUCAGCACUUCAUAACCAUCCUAACAUGGCAUUCGCUAAGGCAUUUGUUGCUAUGCUGUUGAGGGACUUUUCGUCCAAAGAGGCAGCGAAGAGAGUGUUGGACCGUGCCUUUCAAAGUAGCUUGAAGAUUGUGAAGGAGUCGUUGGAGGAGUACUCAAGUCCUGACUUUAGAGGUGAUCACAAUGAGAUUGAGGCAAUUCAGAGGCUGAAUUUGCAUACUGCAAUGACAAAUGGGAGGCAUUUGCUGUGGUUGGUGGAGAGGAUGAUUGAACUGAGAGUGGCUGAUACAGCUGUUCAAGAGUGGAGCAAUCAGACUGCAUUUACUGCUGAUUUGCUGAGGGCUCUCCGUGAUGAUGCAUGGAGGAACAUCGUUCCAGGGCUUCCUGCAGUUGUGCUUCGAUGCACUUGUAAGCUUUCUAAUGCAGUCGCCACGGGCACUAUCUUGGCCACUAGACAGGUUAGAAAGAAGAUCGUGAAAGAUUGGCUUCCAGUGUUGAUUUUGUGCAAAGACUAUGUAACACCCAUGAUGCCAAGUCACAAAACAAUAUAUAUGGAGCUGGAAGACACGUUUUUGAGGAUUAUAUCGACGCUUCCCUUGUCUGAUGCCCAGGAGUUAUUGCAACAGUGUCUCACCUUUUCAACUAGAAACGUUGAAGACUGUCCUCACUUAAUCAGUGCGUUUACCACCUGGUUCCGACGAGCAAAUAGAUUCCCCCUACCAGAUAUGUGAUGGUUCAAUGGAUAAGCAUGGGGACAGUUUAGUGUCUAAUGUCCAUACUAGUAUCUCCAUUCCUGUUUGUACAUAAAUCGUGUUCUCUCACUUUUGUACCAGAAGUAAUGUGGAUUGCGCGACUCUUAGGUUGGUUACUUGGUGUUGCGCAGUAUCCUUGACUGUAAGAAUCGGUUAUUAAGAGAAUGACCAGCAUGUACAUAUGACGGUGGCGUAUGAAAUCUGCCCCUUUUAUGUCUUCUAAUAGCACUUCUUCUCUUUUUCACUCA